AGAUGUAAUCUAACAUAACCUAAUCUCAUAACGUUAACUUGUGGACUUGGGCCAUACAUAAUUACUUUUUAACAAGUCUUUAUAUUAUUUAAUAAUUCACGUUGAAUAUUAUGUUAUAACAACAUUAAAAUGUCUUCUUUAUUAUUUAGUUUGCCAGAAUUAUACCAAUCAUAUAAAUCAUGGGUAAGCAAAAACCCAAACAAUAUUGGAGAUUGGGAAACAAGUGUGAAAUGGAUAUCUUAUUUCUUGGCAGGUAGAAUAAAUAAUUCUCAUAUAGUAUCGGAACUAAUUUACUGUCUCUCUAAUCUUCUUGUUAUGUUUAACGAUAGAAUUAUUAAGAAAGCUUAUCAAAUCGACAGUAGUGCAAGUGUGGAAAAGAUCAAACUCUGGUUGACUGUGAUUGAAUAUUCUGAGGUUUUCUGUGAACUUUCAGCAAGUAAACUUUGGGGCAACACUGGAAAAUGGAUUAUUAUUGUAUCAAUACAAAUUUUCAAAUGUAUUUCAAGAAUGUUUUUAAUAUUCCACUAUAAAGAACCAAUCAUUCAGAAUCCAUCGAUUCCAGUAUUAAAUAGAAAAACUAUAUCUCAUCAGAAACGAAAUAUAUCACAAUCUGAAUUUGAUUCAAUUUCUUUCACUUUGAAACGUUCUGGGAGAGUUAUGAGAAAGAUAGAUUCUUCACCACCAAUAGGCUUAAGGGACUGGAAACCAUUACCACAAUUAGGAGCCGAUAAUAGAAAUCAGUUGCUUGAAACCACUAUAAGUAAAAGACAGUUGAUUGCAGAAAGCAUUUAUAUUGCUAAACCGAUUAUUCAUCUAACGUCAAUGGCUUGUUUUGGUACCAAAACAUGGAAACCAUGGAUGAUUUCUCUAGCUUUAGAUAUUACAAGCAUGGAACUAUACCGAUCCAGUACAAAAAAGAAUAUCCAAGCUUUGACGCCACAGCAGCGUUUACAGAUAUCUAAAAGGACAAUGCUUUUGAUAUUAUAUUUCUUGCGGUCACCUAUGUAUGAACAAUACAGCAAAGAUAGAAUUCAUUCCUUUUUGAUAGGUUUGAGCAAAGUACCAUUAGCUAGCAUUAUUUGUACUCCAUUGGCACAAUAUUUACCAUUUUGGCAAAAUACCUACUUCUACAUGUGGUCUACAUAGAUUUAAAUUUUAAUCAAAAGUUGAGGUUUUUUCAUAACAUAUCAUAUCUAUAAUUAUUAUUCUUCACUACUAUUCCCAUAUUUAUUAUGCAAUUUUUUUAAAAUGUCGAAACUUUUUUAAUUUGCGAUUGAUUUAGUUAUAAAUAACCACCAGAAAAAUUAUACCAAAGAUAAAAAUGUGUAAACAACAUGGAGUUGUAGAAAUCAACGAAUUUAGUACUCAAUUUUCAAGUUUUUUAUUUACUUACAAUCAAUUUAUUAGCUGACAAAAGUUUACAAUACUUUAGCUUUAGAGUAAGAGUUAAGAAGAAAAUGUAUGCCAAUAUUUUGCUCAUUGGUACAAUAUCUGUUAGUUCCUUAUUUGGGAAGCAAGUAUAAUCCUUCUAACUGAAAUACCAAUAAACUGUUUCCCAGUUUUCAAUCGAGGUAUUCCCGAAAAAACAGGUUUUCAGAACGAAAAUAAAAUUAUAGGUUACAGAUUGGUAAAUACAGUCAAAACCUGAUAUAGCGACAUUGAAGGGACCAUAUAAUUGCUGACGUUAUAUCUGAUAGUUGCUAUAAGGAGUACAUAUAUCCAAGUACAGUAGUUAUAUUAGUUGUGUAGUUAUAUUAUCAUAGGUAUCUAUCCAGUAUAGUUAUAAGUUAUGUAUGUGAACUUGUCAAAUGAAAUGUCAGAAAUGAAAUAUUUAUUAAGAAAUAAUUAGAAUACAAAAUGUACUUAGCUGCUUAUAGUACGAGUUCUAGAUUUUAAAGUUUUCAGUCAUAGCAUUUAGAGCCUCGGAAAUUGUUGUUGGAGGAAACCAUUCUUCAGUGUUACGAUUGUUACUUUCAGCUUCUGCAAGAAUUUCUUCUUCGGUAGCUAAGGCGCACACAGCGACACUGUCAUCUAUUCCAAUAAAUUCCUCUAUCUCUGUAGCAGUAGAUCUUUGCAACUGAGCAACCAAUUCAGCAAGUGGAACGUUGUCAUCUUCAUCUGUAGAUUGUAUCAUUCUCGCUUGCGGAAUAUCAUCGUCGUCCUCUGCUUGUGAUGGAGAGAGAUCUUUGAAACCUGCAUUGCGAAAGGAGUUGGCUAUAGUGGUCUGUGUGACCUUUUCCCAAACUUCCGAUAUCAUUAGAAUUGUAUCCAGAACAAAAGGCUUUUAGUAUCUUUGCUGUUUUCAAUAUUCUGUAUAAUUUGUAGCACUUGACUGGGACAAGAAGCGGUUGGUUGUUAUAGUCGAUGAAUAUCGAUAAAGUUUCGUUGUUGUAAGCGAUAUGUCGCUGUAUCCGAUGUUGUUAUAGGAGGUAUAUUUGCGGAAUAGUGUACUCGAGAUUCGAGCGGGCAUUUACAUCUGGCUGUAAUAACCGAUCGGUCGUUGUAAACGAUGUCGUUAUAAUCGGUUUCGACUGUAUAGUAGAUUUGAUAGAUAAUUAUUUAUGAACCUGUCAGACGAAACAUAAUUUUUUGGAGUUAUGAGGAACAUCCGUCUCAUAGACGGAUAUGGGAAUUUAGCUUCUUUUUUGUGAAUUUAUACACUUAUCUUACUUUUUUUGUUCAAAGGUCAUCAUCAAUAACAGAAACUCAUUAAUCUUAAAAUUAUUGAUUUAUUUAAAUAGAAUGUGACACAUAAUUGCUGACUAUCAGUCAAAAACAAUAGUUAUAAUAAAAUAACAACAAAUAUCACAAGGAAUUAAAACACAAAUAGGUAACAUGAGCAAUUCCUACCAGUCAAAUACAAGAAAAUCUUGUUAGGGUCCGGUGAAAAUCAGCGAAUAUCUUAUAUGAAGAGUAGGAUUAAACUGAGGCACAUACGAAACCCUUUAUUCGAUACCUAACGAGAUCUAGUACCAAAUCUGUAUACUAUAUCAGUUUGGCAGAUGGAUAUUCCGAUUGAAGGAUUUUUUAUUAAUAGUGAUAAUUAAUACUCAAUAAGUCCCAUAAAAUUGAGUUGGAUAUUUCUAGUGCUUCCAGAAUUCCGGAAAUGUCAAUUACGUAAUUACGCAACUUUUUUUUUCAAUUCCUUAAUGCGUAAUUUUUACUAUUUUUUUUUACUCGACUAUGAAUUUUCGUGAAUAUUGUAGAUAGAGUAUCUAUAAUUUUUAUAAUAGGGUCCUUGCAUACUUUUUUUAUACCUUAACUACGUUUAGUAUAUCGUUCUUAAUCACACUAUUUUUUAAUUUUUUUUUAAACGCUAAUUAGAUUUAAAAAAAUGAAUAAAUUUAAAUAAUUGCAUGGCGCGCCAAAACGCAUUUGUUGUCAUAUGACUGAUUGUGACGUAGAAAGUAAGUAAACAGACUUAAUAUUAUUGAACCAGAAAUGGUAUGCACAUUAUAUUUUCUACAUAGACAUUGUCAUACUCCACAUGAAUAAUGCUAAUUUUAUUAUUAAUUUCGAAUGAUGGAUCUGCAACCCAGAAUAAACUCAGUUUCUUAUUAAAUAAAUGCAUUUGCAGGCUUAUUUGUGCUUUACACUUAUUUGUUAUUAACCCAUCUUUUAUACAUAAAUUAUAUGUUUUUGCAUUGAGGGACAUUUUAUUCCUCUUCAUAUUGAUCAUUAAUAGCAUCUGGAGAUGCUCCUAAGUAGGGAUACUAGGGCGAUAGUAGUAAUCCUACAGGUUGUGAUUUAAUUUUCAUUUGUGCUUCAAUGAUCAGCAAUAUAUUUUUUUCAAAUGUUUUUUCUCUUUGAUUUGCUACAGUUUCCUUAUUUGUAAACUGCCCACAAUUUGUUCCAUUUACGUGCCUAUUGGUGUUUUACAACUUCAAAAAUGCAGGAUACCGUAAUACGUCAAUAACGAAGUUAGUGCCACAACUUGUAAUAACUUCGAUUACUUGUGGCAUUAACAAACUUCUCGACAGAUUUCUUCUCUCGUGUGUCUGUGCAUAUUCCUGGAAAGCAACUGCAGUGCUGCGUCCUUCUGAUAUAAAGCCCAUCAGAAGCUGGUGUGCAUCUAAUUUAUUACAGGAUGUAAUAUAUGGCAACUUAAAUUUUUCUCCUUGGCAGUAGAAACAAAAUCUCGGUUGCGUACUUUGUGCUCAGGACAUAUUCUACCCUUUACAAUACAGAAAGCACCUUCUCGUUUUAAUUGGACGUAUCCAUGGCAGCAUCCUCAUAGGUGCUUCGAUCACCACUGAAAGAUAAUAAUGUUUUGACAUCGAAAGCUUUAAUCAAAAUAUAACCUUAUGACAUUUUAAUAAAGUUCAAGCAAAUAAAGGUGAUAAAGACGUUACUAUAAGAAAGUCCAAUUAGUAUCUGUUUUUAACUCCACAUAUUUCAACCGAAGUUAAUAAUUGAUUAUUAGCAAAGAACAUAGCAACCAUGAAAGCAUCUACCUUAGAUAGAUUGUUCGAUCUUGCUUCGAUAUCCUAUUUCGGCCGAUAUUUCAAUUAGAAUAGUCUUGGAAACCCUUCCUAAAACAAAAAUCACACUAAACAUACAAUUACUUCCCCUCACAACAACAGAAUGGCGUUUGAAAGGCGACACGCGGCGACCACGUUUCAGUAUUUACUUAGUUUCUACGUCACAACCUAACCAAUAUUGACAUGUUUUCUGUCACGUGUUAUUAUUCAAAUUGUCAUCAAUUUAUAUUUGCGAUUUAUAAUAUUUUCAGUUAUAAUAAAAUACAGUUCAACCGAAAUUUAUAAAUAAGAAGUGAUAUAUAAAUUUUUAAAUAUGUUAAAUACAUCCAAAAGGCUUCAUUGGAGGCGCCCGAGUCAGCCUCCAAACUUUUUACAAUAUUUAUCAUGAACCGUUAACUAUAUAUUGCAAAAAGUUUGGAGCCUUAUAAUUGAAAAUAUAUGAAUUAUGCAAAAAAAGUUUCAAAUAAAAAAUAUGAAAAAAGUUAUUAUCAAACAAAAUGAUCUAGCAUCGUACAGUAAAUAUAGUAACUUGUCGUACGUACAAAUUACUAUAUUUGUCGUACGAUGCGCGAUUCACAAGAAUUCGAUAAAACGUGUUUUUCAUUAUGGCGGCUGACUCGGGCGCCCUAAAUGACGCCCACUUAGAUUUACAUUCAGAGGACACCCCUGAACAUAUUCCAAAAAAAGAAUCCGUUCUCUAGAACUUUGCAUUUGAACUUCUAUCUUUGCUCUGGUGCUUGGCCUAUAUAGUUGUUGCAGUAAACAGUGUGUUCAGUAAAAAACUCAAAAAUCUCUAAGUCCUUAAGGUGAACAUCAAAAGUAAAUUUUAAUAUUUGCAUAAUAAAUUACAGUGGAAUUGCAUUUGAUGCGUGUUUCAGAUAGUAUAGUCAUAAUAUAUUUUAUGAAACAGUUAAUAUAACAAUAUUUUCUUUAAUCUGGGUUUAUUGGUUAAGUAGUGAACUAUGUUGUAGUUUGUAGAAAAGGGAUUUUAUUGUGAUCUAGUUGAUUUAUUGUUUAAUAAAUUCAAAGUAUAAAUUUAAAAUGGGUAUAAAUAUAUUUUUAUAUGUAAAAAUAAAUGAUAUAUAU